AUGACGCGUAAAGCGAACAAAUUCACACCAGAGGUGCUCCUCUCUGCUCCGCGGCGCUCUGCCGGCGCGCCCAAUGCGAAUGGUUCCAAAGUCCUCUACACUGUCUCGACGUACUCCUUCGAGGACCACCGCAAGACGUCCCAGAUUCGUGUUCUGGAUAUCGAGUCAGGUGGUUCCACUCUUCUGUACGAGGACGCUAACUACAGCGAACCCGUUUGGAUUGACGAGGAUGCUUUCUUCUUCCUGAAGACCGGCGACAAGGGUGUAACCUCGCUUCUCCUUGGCCGUGCGUCCCGGCCCGCUGCCGAACCUAUCGAGAUUCACAACUUUGGUCACUCUCUUUCCAAUCUCCAGAUCCUGAAGCUCAAGGAUAGCACCAUCGCCAUUGCCCUGACCGGCCUGGCCACGCCUUCCGGCGACCCAUAUACACCAGAGCUCGCCGAAAGCAAGGAAAAGCAGUCACAUAGCUCUGCGCGAGUUUACACCAAGCUCUUUGUGCGUCAUUGGGACGUGUAUGUCACCGCAGAGACGUCAACCAUCUGGUACGGCCUCAUUGAAAACUAUGGAAGUGCCGCUCCCGGCUCCGACUCGUACGCGCUGUCUGGCGGCCAACUGACCAACCUCCUCCGUGAUACCGGCCUGGAGUCGCCCGUCCCGACGUUUGGCGGCACGGGAGACUUUGCCCUCGGCCCUAACGGUAUUGCGUUCGUUUCGCGCGACCCAGACCACAACGAUGCACUCACCACUAUCACCAACCUCUACUAUGUGCCUCUGAACACGUACGCCGCGGUUGCAACGCCGCCACCAAAGCCGCUUCUUGUCAAGACCGGAAACCUUCAGGGCUACAGUGGUAGGCCUACUUUCUCACCAGAUGGCAGCAAGAUCGCCUUCACCCGCAUGCAGAGCAAGCAAUAUGAGAGCGACAAGAGUCGGCUUCUCCUCCUCUCCGACGUGGAUACUUUCGCGUCAGAAUACGGAACGUCCGGCAAUGACAGCGACGUGACUGAAUUCUACGCCACUGAUGACGGUAAAGGUGGCUGGGAUGCUCGCCCUGAAAGUAUUCUCUGGAACGGCGACGGCUCCGAGCUCUUUGUCACGGCCGAACACAAAGCUCGCAACGCGCUUUUCCGCUUGCCUUCUUCUCCUUCGGCCGCAGCCACUUUUGGCCUCCCACACAUCUUCAUAGGUGGUCAUGAGUUCGUGUCGGCUGAUGAUACCGAUCUCCAGACACGCAUUCGUCUAGGAGACCCUCGUGCCGAAGCAUUCCAACCACUCCGCGGCCACGGCAGCGUGGUCGAUGUGCACCGACUGGGGACGAGUCGGUCGAAACUCUUCGUGACGAUGAGCUCGCAGGUUGAUAACUCUCUCUACACCAUUGUCGAUCCUGGACUGCUGCCAAACUACCCUUUCCCGUCAAAAGCCGAACGCUACACCAUGGACGUUGUCUCGUCGCAGUCUCGCCACGGGUCGACCUUUGGCCUGUCUCGCAACCAACUCGGCGAAAUCUGGUUCCAGGGUGCUGGUGACUACAAGAUUCACGCUCUCGUAGUUCGGCCAUCCAAUUUCUACGCUGAGGAGAACAAGGGCAAGAAGUGGCCGCUCGCACUUCUCAUUCACGGUGGGCCCCAGGGCGCGUGGGCCGAUAGCUGGAGCACCCGUUGGAACCCGGCCGUGUUUGCGGAGCAGGGCUACAUUGUCGUGACGCCCAACCCAACGGGCAGCACCAGUUACGGUAUGUCCCUGCAGGACGGCAUCCAGAACAACUGGGGUGGCCGUCCGUACGAGGACAUUGUCAAGUGUGUCGACUAUGUGGAGCAGAAUCUUCCGUACGUCGAUAUGUCCCGGGCUGUUGCGGCCGGCGCGUCCUACGGUGGCUACAUGAUCAACUGGAUCCAAGGCAAGCCUCUGGGCCGCCGCUUUAAGGCCCUUGUCUGCCACGACGGUGUCUUCAGCACGCUCAACCAGUAUUCGUCUGAGGAGCUGUACUUCCCGCUGCACGAUUUUGGCGGUACACUCUGGGAAAACCGUGCCGGCUACGAGAAAUGGGAUCCCGCAAAGAAUACCGGCGAAUGGGCCACGCCAAUGUUGGUCAUCCACAACGAACUCGAUUAUCGACUGCCCGUCACCGAGGGCUUGUCCAUGUUCAACGUGUUGCAGAGCCGCGGCAUUCCCAGUCGCCUCCUUAGCUUCCCUGAUGAAAACCACUGGGUGUUGAAACCUGAGAACUCGCUUGUAUGGCACAACGAGGUCCUUGGCUGGAUCAACAAGUACACCCAGCCGGACCAGGAUGAUGUGAUCCAGUUGGCGGAAGAGGCCGCCCAGGUUCGAAUCUAG